GUAAUAAUAAUAAUAAUAAUAAUAAUAAUAAUACACAUUUAUUGUAAUUUAAGAUUUUUUGCGUUUGAAGAUGCUAAGUUAUUAUGUAGAUAUUUAUCUAUUACGUCUAACACCUGCGACAGGUUUAAACAUGGCGGAACGAGCUCGGUAACUAUAGCAACAGUUUAGCGCUCGUGCAUGGCUAACCUGCUGUAGCAAGAUGGUGCCUGUCUAGCUGUGUGUGUGUUGUUUAUGGUGUGGAGGUGCAGAGGGUUUUUAUCAGGCCGGCCGCUGUGUGGUGUGGCGGUGAUGAGCAGCAGUACAGCGAGACACGGUGCAGGUUCGGGUCCGGAGCCGGGUCCGUCUGCGCCUCCUCCCGGCAGUCUGCUGCGCCUCUCUGCGGUCCCAGGCUCCGAGCAGCACCGCACGAACGACGUGUUGCUCCUGCGGCCCGACCCGAGACAAACCCGGGCGACACGCAGCGAAAAUGCGCACGUCGUGUUUUUCCCCGGAGACAUCCAGAACUUCCAUCAAGAGAUGGCUGUGCAGCCUGAUGCAUCUCCAUGGAUCUCAUUCAGUCUGGAGCGAGUAGCCUGGAUGCUUGGUGCCCGCUUCCCAGGCCGGCAUGUGUGGUUGGUACGGCCAUCGCGCCUCCACCUGCAGAAGUUCAGCUGCUACUCCAACUUCGUUUUGUCCGAUGUAUUCGGCGCACCUAAGCACUCGCCCGACUACGGGGCCAUGCGCCACUUACGCGCCCUCCUCGGUCACGCCACAGAGCAGGCAGCCAUCGCCGAGCCUCUGCCACCACUGGGGAGUUCCUCAGUGCCAGCUCCUCUCCCCACAGGCUUCUCACUCAUUCUAGUGGGCUUCAGUAAAGGCUGCGUGGUGCUGAAUCAGAUCGUUCACGAGUUGGCGUCAGCCCGCACCGACCCCCAUCUGAGGCAGUUCCUGAACAGCAUCUCAGACAUGUACUGGCUGGACGGUGGACACCCAGGCACCGGGGACACGUGGGUGACGGAUAAGCAGGCGUUGCGCGAGCUGGCGUCCAGCGGAGUCGCCGUGCACGCUCAUGUCACUCCCUAUGAAGUGUGUGACCCAGCCAGGGCGUGGGUGGGACGCGAGCAUCGGCGCUUCGUAAAGACGCUGCAGGAACUCGGCGCCCGCGUCACACAAAACCUCCACUUCAAAGACGAGCCGGUGUGCAUCGCAAACCACUUCCGGGUCAUCGAGGAGUUCUGAGCCGCACAGAAACGCGUUCAGGUCGCACGGUUAGAUAGAUCUUCGUUUGACUUUAAGCUUUCUCAACAUGCCUUUUUUGUUUAGUUUUUUAAUUCUUGGCACAUGACAAAGUACUUAAUGAUUUUAGUACAUAUUUUUGCACAUACUAGGAGCUUUCCAAAGCGUUGACAUAAUUUUAGCACCUUGAGUCCAAAGUCGUAGUUCCAGUUUGGUAUCCUCGUCACACACAGGACUGAUAAAAGUGAAAUAUUUCGACCAAACGUCUGGACGUCCAGUUGUAAUGUACGCUGUUGCUUAGCACCGUUAGCUUCUUCUGCUUCAUAUUUUUAUGAGCCGUGUCUGUAAGUACUUAAGUAUAGACGUAACACACAUUAUUUAUUAUAAUAAUAAUGUUUAAAUUGGUUACACUGAGAAACAUAAACAUUAACAUUAGUACGUAGACCUGGAUGCUAGACACUGGAACAUUGUUUUAUUCCCUCUUCUAUUUGGAUUAAUACUUAAAGAGUUUAUUGUUUAAUCGUUGACUGUAAAUGAGCCACAGCUGACCGAUAACAUACUGUCUCGCUGGAAUGUGUAGCAAGGUUGAUAAAUAUUGAUAAAUCUAAAAUAAAUAAAUAAAACACAGUAAAGCUUGUACACCCAGGGAAGUAAAAACUUCUCUCUCUCUUGUUGCACUCAGCUGGAAAUCUGCUUGUAUUCGGUUAUGUGACAUAACAAGCUAGUUCUUUGCACAAAAGUAGAGAUCAUUAUAGUUCAACAAUAUUUUAUGUCUUAUGAGAGCCGUUUGCUCUGAUUCUUCUAUACAAGCUGUGUUUAAGCAUAAAAGUUAAUUUAGCUAGAGCACACCUUGACCCACUAUUAUGUUAAUAUAGACAUAUAGAAAUGAUAAGUUUGCUUUGUGAAGGUCAGGUCAAGGAGCUUGGCCCAGGAUCAUGAUUUAUCCUCUCCUUGUAACUGUAAUGUUUACAACGAUUAAACAUGUAAUGUGAUUUAAGCAGCUUCAGCGUACAACGGCGUACGACUAAGAUGUUUUAGCUGCCGCGAUUCCGGUUUGUCAGGCUGAGAGCAGAAAUGCCGACUCAGCAGGACGUGUAUGCACUUGUGGCUGGCUCGUGUUAAAUCGAAAAAUGUUCUGCUUAACUGCAGCGAAUGUCGCCAUUCCAUGCUUUUAUAACCAGCUGUUUUUUUUUUCUUUAAGCAUUCGUUUUGUUCUGUUUACUCGCUGAAGUAAUAAAAGGGAUGCUUCGCUAAAUUAUCA